UAAAUCUCACCAGCGCCCAGUCAGUCGGUUAGGCGGAAAGUUAACCGGAGUCCGUUCAGCGUUAAUGGAGUGACCGAAAAUGACGGAAGAAUCCGCGGUAAAAGUGUGCGUCAGGGUCAGGCCUCUGAUUAAACGGGAGGCAUCUGAGAGCUCGGAGCCGGUUCAGCUCUACUGGAGAUCUGAUAAACAGGCCAUCCAUCAGCUGGAUGAAGAUGGAGCCCAGACCAAGAGCUACAGCUUCGACCGUGUGUUCAGUGCGGCAGAGUCCACUGCUCAACUCUAUCAGGACAUCGCGAAGCCUCUGGUCGUGUCUGCAGUUGAAGGUUAUAACGGCACAAUAUUUGCCUAUGGACAAACGUCUUCUGGAAAGACCUUCACCAUGAUGGGAAGUGAACACAAUCCUGGGGUGAUCCCUCUCGCCAUGGCUGACGUCUUCAAAACCAUUAAAAGUUUUCCAAAGAAGGAGUUUCUCCUGCGCGUGAGCUACAUGGAGAUCUACAACGAAACGGUCACUGAUCUGCUCUGCGACAGCUGGAAAAGAAAACCUCUGGAAAUUCGUGAAGGAAACUACAAAAAUGUGUAUGUGGCCGAUCUGACGGAGGAGCUGGUGACGUCUCCUGAACAAGCCCUGUCCUGGAUCACCAAAGGAGAAAAAAACCGUCAUUAUGGGAAAACUAAGAUGAACCAGCGGAGCAGCCGCUCUCACACCAUUUUCCGCAUGAUAUUGGAGAGCCGUGAGAGAAGUGACCCGACGGCUGGUGAAAGCGCUGAUGGAGCCAUCAUAGUGUCACACUUGAAUUUGGUGGAUCUCGCUGGAGCUGAACGUGCCAGUCAAACUGGAGCUGAGGGAGCCCGUUUUAAAGAAGGCUGCAAUAUAAACCGCAGUCUGUUCACACUGGGUCAAGUCAUCAAGAAAUUAUCUGAUGAGAGUCAGAAGGGCUUCUUGAAUUACAGAGACAGCAAACUUACCAGAAUCCUGCAGAACUCUUUAGGCGGUAAUGCCAAAACCGUCAUCAUCUGCACCAUCACUCCAGCCACGGUGGACGAGACCGUCAGCACUCUGCAGUUUGCUAGUGCUGCAAAACGGAUGAAGAAUGACCCUCAUGUCACGGAGGUCUCUGAUGAAGGAGCUCUGUUGAGAAGAUACAGAAAUGAGAUUGUGGAUCUUAAACGCCGUCUGCAGGAGGUUUCGUCUGUGACUCAAACCACAGCGACCGAGCGAGAGUCUCUCUGUCAGCUCCUGCAGGAGAAAGACCAGCUCCAGAGAGAGCAGGAGGACCGCAUCAAGAACUUGACCAAGUUACUGGUUACUUCCUCCAACAUUGCGCUCAUCCCGAAGGUCCCCAAGCGGAGAGUGACGUGGGGUGGGAAACUGCUGAGAUCUGCACAUCUGCUGAAUGAGGAUCUCUGCUCCACUGACAUGAGUUUUGCAGAGCCGUACCUCAAGAAGAGGAGAGCGGACUGCUCUCUGGCUGACGUUGGAGAGGAUAUGGAUGAGUUUGACAGCCGCUUCGACUUCACUGCUAUGGAGGAACCCAACAUGGACAUGGAGAUGAGCAGCAUCACUGUCCGCAGCUCCUCGGAGGGGAGUCAUUUUCUGGACUCUCCCCGUGCGAGCGAGCUGAUGCAGAAGGUGUCGUCUCUGGAGAGUCAGCUGGAGGCCGAGACUCAGAGCAAACAGAUAGCAGAAGAGAUGAACGCUGAGCUCCAGAUGAAGCUCUCGCAUCUGCAGAACAUGCUGGAGGCUCAGUCUGCACCAUCACACGAGGAGAAAAACACCAUCUCUGAGCUGGAGAAGCAGAUGGAGGAUCUGCAGCGGAGACUGGAGACGGAGGUUCAAGAGAGACAAACCGCUGAGGAGAAGAGCAUCUCACUGGAGCUGAAGGUGGCAGAGCUGGAGAAACCAUCAGAAGAGCUGCUGCACUCACAGAACACGUGCGAACGGGUCAAGAAAGAUCUGGAAGAGGCUAUUCAGCUCUGUGAGACUGUUAGUUUCGAGAAAGAUGCUGUUAUUGCCGAGCGGGACAUGAUCAAGCACUCGCUGGACAUGACGACAGAAGAGCUAGAGAGUCUGAAGGCAGAGAAAGACUCGCUUCAGAAAGAGAAAGACGCUCUGCAGAAAGAUAAAGAUGCUCUUCAGAAGGACAUGGAGGAGAGGAGAGAUGCAGAUGAGUUUGAGAAGCUGGAGGAGGAGAGCAAGAGGGAUUAUGAGAGAGAAUUAGAGGCUGAAAACAGCAGAUUGGAGAAGAAUUUAAAACAGUCUGAAGACAUGAUCCAAAAGCUGAAGGCUGAUCUGGCGUUGAUGUCCUCAGAGCUUCAGAAGAAAACAGACCUGACCACUGAACUGCAGGGUUUUAGUGGAAAGGACAUUGUGCAGGAAGUGACACGUCUGCGCCGCUCUCUGGAUGAUGCUGAAACCCUCAGUUUGGAGACCAAGAAGGAAUGGGCUUUCCUGCGCAGCGAGAACAUCUCCCUGAAGGAGAGAGACGUGACCCUGACUACAGACUAUGGAAAGAUGGAGGCGGAGGUGAAGAUGCUUCAGGACAGGCUGGAGCAGGAGAAAUCUCGCUUCAAGAAGAUGCAAACGGAUCUUCAGAAAGAGCUAAUGGGAGCCUUUGAUGAAAACACCAAACUCACAGCUUUGAUGGAUGGAAAAGUGCCAAAGAAUCUGACAGAUAAUGUUGUGUUGGAGAAAACAGUGUGUGAUUUACGUAAGGAGCUUGAUCAGAUCCGGGAGCGAGAGCAGAGUCUGCAGAGUAAAGUGAGCGAGUUGGAAACACUCCCUGCUAAAGUAGACGAAUUACUGGGACAGGUGUGUGUUGUGUCUGAGGAGCUGCGGAGCGUGCGCGAGGAGCGAGACGCUGUGUGUUCUGCUCAGGCCAGUGUGAAUGAAGCUCAUCAGAGGCUGACAGAGGAUUACUCUACAGCUCAGCAUCAGCUUCUGCAGAUGGAGAGCGAUCUGCUGGAGGCGCAGCUGAAGGAAACACAACUGAGCCAAGAGCUGAGCGACAACACACAACAACUGCACAACAUGCAGACGGAGAACGACACGCUGCUCACAUCACUGCAGGAGGCACAGCAGAAGUGUGAGCAGCUGAGCGCUGAUCUGGCGUCAGUCUGCGCUGAGAGAGAUCUGCUUCUGUCUGAGAAGAUGGAGGGAGAGUCUGAGGAGCUGCAGAGUCUGAGAAACACCAUCAGCUCCAUCACAGAGGAGAAACAGCAGAUGCAGGAGAUUCUGCAGAGCCUCCGGGAACAGCGGGACCAGCUCAAGACGGACCUGGAGGAGAAUGUGGAGAUGAUGAUUGAGACUCAGGCAGAACUGAGAGACGCUCAGGAGAAAGUGAAGGAGCUUCAGGGAGAAAUAAACCGUCUGGAGUCUGGGAGAGUGGAGCCGGAUGAGCAGCGAGAGGACGGACAGAUGGACACGCUGCACCAGCAGAUAAAGCAGCUCACAGAGGAGCUGCAGGCCACAGUUGUAGAGAAGGAGCGUCUGCUGUCGGACAGAUCUGAGCUAAUGGAGAAGAUGAACACAGACGUCACAUCUUUCACAGAGCAGAGAAGUGAGCUGCAGGAGCGACUGCAGCAGCUGGAGAGAGACAGCGAUACUAUGAAGACACAUCUGGAGGAGAAGGAGCAGACGAUUCUCCAGCUUCAGAGUGAGUUACAGGAGAAACAGCAGCAGCAGAUUCUGGACCAAGAUCAGCAGGACUUCAGCGAGGAGAAGACUGAUGAGCUGCAGCAGAUCCAGACACUGAAGGAAGAGCUUGAGGCUGUGUUAGAGCAGAAAAACCAGCUGACAUUGAGGCUUGAAGAGAGCGCUCAGCAGGUGUGUGUUGUGUCUGAGGAGCUGCGGAGCGUGCGCGAGGAGCGAGACGCUGUGUGUUCUGCUCAGGCCAGUGUGAGUGAAGCUCAUCAGAGGCUGACAGUGGAUUACUCUACAGCUCAGCAUCAGCUUCUGCAGAUGGAGAGCGAUCUGCUGGAGGCGCAGCUGAAGGAAACACAACUGAGCCAAGAGCUGAGCGACAACACACAACAACUGCACAACAUGCAGACGGAGAACGACACGCUGCUCACAUCACUGCAGGAGACACAGCAGAAGUGUGAGCAGCUGAGCGCUGAUCUGGCGUCAGUCUGCGCUGAGAGAGAUCUGCUUCUGUCUGAGAAGAUGGAGGGAGAGUCUGAGGAGCUGCAGAGUCUGAGAAACACCAUCAGCUCCAUCACAGAGGAGAAACAGCAGAUGCAGGAGAUUCUGCAGAGCCUCCGGGAACAGCGGGACCAGCUCAAGGCCGACUUAGAGGACAGUAACGGCAUGCUUAUGCAGGCUCAGCUGGAGCACGGCGGCCCACAGAUCGACACACCGCAUGAUGAGCUUCUCCAGCAGAUUCAGCAGCUGAGAGAGGAGCUGGAUGCUACCAAUGAGGAGAAGAACCAGCUCAAGUCUGACCUUCAGGAGAAUGUGGAGAUGACAAUUGAAAAUCAGGAGGAGCUGAGAGCAGCCCUUGACAAGGUGAAAGAUCUGCAGAAGAGUUUAGAGGAGUUGCAGACUAAACAGCAGGAGUCUAAACACAAGUCACAGCUGGAGCUCCAGAUGCAGCAGCUGAGAGAGGAGCUGGAGAGCGUGCGUCAUGAGCGAGAGCGUCUGCUAUCCGAGCAUUCACCGAACACACACACUGAUGCGGAGCAGAUGAAGGCCGACAUCACGUCUCUGACGGAGGAGCAAGAGCAACUUCAACGCACACUGCAGGAGCUGCGAGACCAGCUGAUGCAGACAGAGCAGACGGUGCUCCAGUUGAGGGCAGAUCUGGAGUCUGUGUGUGCAGAGAGAGAGCGUCUGCUGAUGGACAGGAGCAGAGAUGUGGAGGAGAUGGAGAAGAUGAGCUGUAGACUGACGGAGGAGAGAGAUGCGCUCCAGCAGACCGUACAGCAGCUCUCAGACCAGAGCGAACAGCUGAGGAGAGAUCUGGAGGAAAACCAGGACAUGGUGCUCCAGUUGAGGGCAGAUCUGCAGUCUGUGUGUGCAGAGAGAGAGCGUCUGCUGACGGAGAAGAGCAGUGAUAUGGAGAACCUGAGCUGUAGACUGACUGAGGAGAGAGAUGCGCUCCAGCAGACCGUACAGCAGCUCAAAGACCAGAGCGAACAGCUGAGGAGAGAUCUGGAGGAAAACCAGGAUAUGGUGCUCCAGUUGAGGGCUGAUGUUGAGUCGGGCUGUGCUGAGAGAGAGCGUCUGCUGACGGAGAGAGAUCAGGAUCUGGCCUCCAUCACGAAGGAGCGAGAGCAGCUCCUGGACCUCCUAAAGGCCAACCGAGAGGAAAAGAACCAGCUGAGGACAGAUCUAGAGGAGAACCAGGAGAAUCUGCUGCAUCUGCGUCAAGAGCUGGAGUCGGUUUCUGCAGAGAAAGAUCAUCUGGUGUCUGAGAUGAGCCGAGAGCAGAAGGAGCAUCUAGAGGAGAUGAAGACGACUGAAGAAAAGCUCAGCGCUGUGACAGUAGAGAGAGACCAGCUGAUGGAGAGCAACACAGAACACAACCAGACGAUUGUGCAGCUGAGAGCGGAUCUGCAGUCAGCCUGUGCUGAGAGAGACAGUCUGAUGGUGGAGAGAGAUCAGUCCAGCUCAUGCAGCGCUCUGAGUGACGGAGGAGACCUUCAGGAGAUCCUGCAGGGCGUCAGAGAGCUGAUCCAGGUUCAGGGAGAGCUCAAACAGAAGAAGCAUCAGCAUUCUGAUCCGCUCAGUCCGACACACAAGCAGAAAGCUCAGCUCCAGCAGCUUCAGUCUCUGACCACAGAGAUGGAGUCUCUGAGGAAUGAGAGGAUGGUGCUCAGGAAAGACCUGGAGGACGCGGCUGCAACUUCUAAGAUGUAUCAGGAGCUGCUGCAUGUCAGUAAAGAGGAGCUGAAGCAGCAGCAGAAGGAGAACACAGAGCUCAUGGAGCAGAGUUCAGCACGGGAGACGCAGCUCCAGCAGCAGCUGAAUGAGCUGAAUGAAGAUCUCACUGCUUUAAAAGUGCUGCGAGACCAACACGACACUGAGAUUCAGAGGCUGCAGUCAGAGCUGCGUUCACUGAGCAGAGAGAAAGAGGAUCUGCUGGAGAAAAGCAGAGCGGAGGGAGAGCUGCUGAGACGGGACCUGCAGACGCUCCAGGAUCAGCUGGAGAAAUCACCCACAGAGCAGCUCCUGCAGUCGCUCACUGAAGAGCGGGAUCAGCUCAGACGAGAGCUGCAGGGGAAGAUGGAGAAGCUCACACACAUCGAGACGAAAGCAGAGCAGCUGGAGAAGCAGAAGAUCCUGCUGGAGUCUGAGGUGCACUCGCUCAGCCAGUCUCUCUCUGAGGUGAACUGCAGCGUUUCUCCUGAUCAGAAUAACACACAGUCCAAACACUUGAUAAUGGCAGGGAUUGAGACGUCAGAGGAGAAGCUGCAGACGGCCUUUACAAAGCUCCAGCAGAUCAUGGAGCGUCCGGUGGACCAGUUAUCUGAUGUGAACCGUGAGGAAUGGGCUGUGCUGUAUCAGCUAGUGCCAUUUAUCCCUAAAGAGCGCAGAACCAUCAAUGCCACACACACCAAAAAAACAACCCGGCUGAACCACGCCAUCAUCAAGAUUGCUGAGGCGUACCAGCGGCUGGCGCAUCGCUUCCACACACACUUCCAGACAGAGCUCCAGCGAGACGUCUGCUGCUUCCAGGAGUCUCGACUGCAGGAUCUGCUGCUCUGCAUCUCUCCGGCUCCGUCUCAAUCCCUCUGCUCUCUCCAGGACGACUUCCAGCAGCUGUGGGAACAGAGACUCUCACACCUGCUGGAGAAACGCCAGCAAUACCUGCAGAAACUGGAGUGUGUGCUGGUUGUCCUGGAGGAAGGGUUAUCCAGAUAUGCAGAGAUGCUGUCGGAGGAGCGUCAGCACAGGACUGAAGAGCUGCAAGAGCUGAAGACUCUGCUCAGAUCUGCUCACGCUGAUGCUGUCAUUGAGCUGCUGGAGAGACAGAUCAGCCGGCGGGAUAAAGCUGCUGAACGACUCAACACUUACUACUUUGUUUUGCUGAAUAAGUGUGACUCUGAGAUCAACCCUCUGAAGUCUUCCUCCUCUGAGUCUGAGCGCCGGCUGGAGGAUCAGAGAAGGCAGACGCUGACGCUGCUGAAGGCCCAGAAUGGCACACUGCCCAAAACUGAAGCUGAACUCCUGCAGGACAACCAGCAUCUGUCCCAGCAGCUCCAGCAAGCACACCGGCAUGUGGAGGAAAUUCAGGAGCAGAUGAAGGAGCUGCAGGUCCAGGCUGAUGCUUCAAACCAGAAGCAACAUGAAGAUCUGCAGGAGCUCCGAGUCCAGCUGAUGGAGAAACAGAACCUCGUCCAGAGCCUGGAGGACAAGCUGAGGCACUCUGAGGCUUUGGUGAAGAGCAGCAUGACUCCAGCCGCUUCUGAACUGGCCGCUCUCAAGGACAAGCUGGUGAAGAUGGAGCUGGAGCACAUCGCCGUCACCACCAGCCAUGAGAAAGAGAUUUCCCAGAUGAGCUCCAUGCUGGAACACAGAGGAGACGUGAUCCGCAAGCUGAAGGAGACCCUGAGGAAGCAGCAGCAGGACGAUGAGCAGUCCUUCACAGACGGAGAUGAGUUUGAGCUGAAGACCAGCAGUAGAGCCACCACAACACUGAAGGAGAAGAAGAUGGAGGAUCUGCAGAAGAAGAACGCUCAGUUUGAGAGUCUGGUGAGCAAACAGCAGGAGGAGAUCAGCAAGUGGAAGAGGAGAGCAUACAAGAUGAAGGAGAGCAAACGUGAUGCUCCCUGCACACCCACCAAACGAGACGCUCCCCGCACACCCACCAAACGGCACCCUGCGCUGGCCGAGACCGAAGUCAACUCACCCAAGAGGAGCGUUCUGGACUCACCCAAGAGCCGCUUCUUUGACCUGCGCUCCAGCGUUCCUCUGUCCCUCAGCCAUCACACACAGUUCUUCGACAACUCCAGCCUCGGCACUGUUCCAGAGGUCUCCUGUACACCAGCUGAACCCGCCGCCACCGCUGCAGACUCUUCAGACAGUGAUGAUGAGGACUGCAGCUCUAAUGCCGCCGUGAUGUCGAACGCCGCACACAAAGACGACUGGUGGCAGAUUCCUGACGCUUCACCCACAAAGACAGACACUAAUGCUUGUCCCACACAGUGAGCGGACGGCUGUUCUGAGAUCAGCGCGUCAGUACUACAGUCUGUCUGUCUUUUUAAUUGUUUGUAUGUUGGCUUUUCUUGUUUAUUGUUAAUAAAGUUUGUGUUUUUAUGUAAAUCUGCUGUUUUAAAUUGUUUAUUAAAACGAUAAAAUAAAAAUAAUUCCAGAAGUGCCCUGAUGAGGAUUUGCUGGGACUAUUCUGAAAAUAACAACACACUGCCGUCUGUUACUGCCAGAAGUGAGAUGUUAGAUUAAACAUUCAGUUGUAAUCCAAACAUUUGUCAGAAACGUGAGCCAUGCUUGAGUCCCUGUCCUUAACAGUGUAAUAAAGGGACCUCCACUACCAA